GUGUAUACUUGCGCGCGAGUGCCCGUAAAUACCCGAAUUGUUGAAACCUCGCCUGCCAAUGCCGGGAUGUUAUUUAUGAUGAUGCUAACGUCGUCGCCGCUCCGCGAAUAUAUUUAUGGUUUCGACGAUAACAAACGCAGCGAUUGUUGUCAGAAAAAUUGGAGGCGCGAUCAAACGCAUUUGAUAAAACAGCUAAUUAUAAAUUCUAUUGUCACGCGACUUCCGCCCGAUGCCGAUAUGCAAUGACGCGAUUUCUCCUUUAGUUAAAAAUCGCUCGCUGCCAGAGGCGUCUUGCGCUAAAUGUGGCGCUGACCGAGGAUGAUAAUGCGAGCCCACAUGUCCUAUUACUCACGGUACGCGUGGAUCAGAUGAUCAUCGCCGCACCGUAUAAGCGAGGCUGAACGAUGAGCGCCGUGCGAUUAGCGCCGUGAUAGCAAACGGUAAUUUCAGCGUUUUGUUUCUGCUGCCUUUCGAUAUUGUCGCGCUGGCUUUCAAGCGCCGUCGGCCUGGAUACGUAAUUCAUCUUUCUAAAUUACACGUUCCGGAUGCAAGAACAAUUCAGAGAGACAAUCCAUCCGCGUGCCAAAGCGUCCGCGAAUAAGAGGAACGGAUCGUGAUUGCAUGACGCGUGCUGAAAGUGGAUCUGCAAUGCGCUCAUUUAUUACAGUAUGCGACACGUAAUCGCGCGCGCGCGCAGGAGGAAGUAUACGAGAUGAAAUUAUAUUUACAAAUAAGCGAAAGAACAAAGGUCGUUAUCUGUUUGUACGCGCACUUUGGAAGAAGAUAAUUUAUCUUCGUUCCCGAUAAAACUAUUCAGCGAUAAAAUUACUUAGCGAUACACGUAGCGCGAUGCACUUGAACUCGCACACAGUGCAGAAUUGCAACAGAAAUAGAAUUUGCGAGUUCACAGAUUGAAAUAAACAUCUGCAGUAUCUGGCACUGGCCGUGUCGUUUCAUCAUUUGUAAUGACGUAUACUUUGACCAAAUCGAUAUCGAUUUUUCCUCAACGUGGCUAUCGAGGAAGCUAUAUAGUUUCUGAUUGAAAAGGAAGUAAAAUGCUUCUAGUGGAUUACAAAGUCCCAUCAGAGAGAGAAAGAGCUCGGGGACGCAUGCCAUCAUCAGCGAUGAUGAUUCGCAUCUGUGCCCGGCCACUGGGCGCUUAUGGAGGCUAAACAAAUUACUCGGGGCCCAGCUACGGAGGAACGAGUCGAAAAAAUGAUUCGAGUUCGAGUUCUGCGCCCCUAAGUAGGUCUUUAACUGCCGAGGACCCGUUAUCCGACUCGCGACCUUCGGUAAACAAUUCGACUGUGCGUCUGCCGUUUCGCAGACAACGGCGUGCUUCGUGGUACCGUCGAUUGACCGGAUCUCGCGACACACUGCGCUCAUCCAGCUUCGCGUACGGCGGUCAGAGCGAAACCGAAGAUACCGGUUACGCCCCAGUGACUCGGAGAACUAUGAUCACCAUCACCAUGCUGAAGAGUAACCUGCUUAGGUGCCAUAGGCUUGCUCGUCAUGUCGCACGCAAAUCUAAGCUGAGGAUAAAAACUGAAGGAUUCAGAAGCAGAAUCAUGAUCAGACUCGUGAUUCUCCUCGUCCUCGCGAGCAACCUGGCGAAUGGCCAGCUCAACUACGAGGGAAAUCCGUUCACGGAGUACACCGAGUACAUCGCCGAGGAGAGCAAUUUGUCUGAGAGAUCCGCCAAGCGAAAUGAUGCCGCGAUCGAUCUUGCGAGCUCCGAUGCAUCAUUGCGUCCUCAGAAACUAUAUCCAAUCAUGGAGACUGAAACAGAGAAGCAAGUUCAACAAGCGGCCGAUAAUCUUCUCUCUGAUAAAUCGGAACGCCAAAUUCCGCUUUCGCUCCAGAUAUCUCGAUCGAACGCCAGAGAUAGAACGUCUGGUCGACAAUUUCAGGAUCUUUCUGAACAAAACGCGCCGAUCAGAACGGCAGAAGUCGCGUUGAACAAUUUCCUGAACUCCAAGACACCCGAGGAGUCUCGCGUGUCUCUCGAUCACUAUCUCCGAAGCCAACAAUCACCGGAGGAUCAAUCCCAUUCUUUGAACGCGAUCAGUAGUCCGAAUGAACAAUCGCUCAUGGAACUCGAUCCUCAACCGGUUUCUCAGAUCGGACAACAGCAAUUGCUGCUUCCGCGGCAGGAACAGCAGGUGCAGCUAACGUCGCAGGUGAAUCAGGGCCACCUGGUAUCGCAAGCAGAUCAACGGCAGCAAUUCUUACCGCCGGCGACAACUUACGGCGGGCAAGCUUACGGUUACGCGAGACAACCGGCCGUAAUCCAACCCGUGAUCAGGGCACCCGCGGGGGUCGUUCUGGGACAGGGUAUGCUGCAGCCGGUGCCACUCAUGACGCCCGGUUUCCAACCCAGAAACGACGUUACGCCGGCAAUGUGGCGGGAGAGGAUGCGAAGGAUCCGCGGAAGUCCGUUUGGCUUUGCACAAACUAAGGUAGCGCCGGGAUUGUACAAGGGACCGAUCGUAGUUCCCAUGAAGCACAAGCCACCGGUGGAGGUGAUCUACACGAAGCCACCGGGUCUCCAUCGGGGGCCGCCCAUCAUCGGCAAUCCGCCGGUACCGUACGAGGAUGCGAGCGCGUGGUUCCCGGACGCCGAUUACCCGCCGCCUCAGAAGGACGUCUACUACUCGCAGCUGUACGCGCAGUCUUACGAUCCUCACUAUUACAAUUAUAUCGCGGCGACCGGCAAGAUCCGGCCGUAUCUAUACGGCAAGCUGGGCAAGAGGCGCCCGGAGGAACAGGAGGACGGCAUUUGGUCGGAGUUGUAUCGCGGCUUCAAGAAGCACGGCCUGAAGAAUCUCAUGACGCCGACCUUUCUGCUGGGCAUGACGCUGCCAGUAGUGACCCUGAUGCUCUCCGCCCUGGUACAGAAACGGUCGUUCGCGAGAUCAGACGAGGCGAGGCAGCUGGACCAGGAGGACGCGCUACAAGAGUACCUCGAGAGACUGCAGAAAGCUAUGGAGUGUUACGCUGGCAAGAAUUCCCGAGACACGAAGUUGGACGGCUGUUAGAGCUUCCGGGAUAAUAUCCUAAGUCGAAUGAGUCGUUGGACGGCAUAAUAAUGCGAUUUACACAGAAUGGUGCGUAAAACUGGAAGUAGCGCAAUCUUAAACUGUCGAUGUGAAUAUUAUAUUUAUUGUUCUGGUAAUCACAAUAACGUUACAAUAAUUCGAAAAGUUAUUUUGCCAUGCAAUACAGGGAUUUAAUUUAUUAUAGGAGACACGGCAUCUGUUAUUCUUUUAUUACUGACGGAGAUAUUGAUCGAUAUUAAGAUCGUAUUAUUUCUUUGCGCUCCAGCCUGUACUUUUAUUUCACUUAAUGACUCAAACGUGAUAGUCCGAUUCUGAGAUCGAUUUACCUAACUGGAGGAUUAUAUCUAUUAAUCUCUGAUAAAAACCGGACAAUCACGUUUUGUGCGAUAAAUUUGGUGCUUUUAAAUAAUACUGAUAAAGAUAUUAUACCUUCCAAAUCACACACGUGUUUCGUAGAGAUAAACGUUUAAGAUACACGAAAAACGGCCAAGUUAACCAGCUAGUAUAAUAAUAAUCAUGAAUCGUCCCUUCACGAUGUCGCGUUUAGAUAUUAAUAUUUCUCAAAGAAGUGUUCCAUCGUUGCUUUAGCCUUUCGAGUGUUAAUGCGGCAGAUUCGUGGAAACUGAGAAAAAGAUUCGAAUCUUUUAAUGCCCGUAUCACGAAACGCGGUUCGACAAUUCGCGCGGAAACAUGGAAAACAGCAUUUCCCACGAUUUUAUUACAGCAUCUGCCGUGUUACCGUACGCUCGAACUCUGCGAUCACUAUAGUACAAGACUAAUGAUACGCACGCGUUCCUGCGACGUAUUAUUAGCGUUACGCAAGAUCGGAGAACUCUCUUUUGUCUGUCGCAACUCGUUAGCCGUUAUUUAAAAAAAAGGGAAAACGAAAGAAACAAUAUCUGCUUUCGGAUAAAAUUUAGGUGAAUGAAAUAGCACAAAGGGCGAGCUAGACUUGCCGAUUGUUACUGCAAUGAGAGAAUACAUGUAUAUAAUAUUUACUUAAUACAAAGAUAUAAUAUAUUCGCGUGAAUUAUAGCAUACAUUUCGUGUACUUUGUUCACUGUUCUCUCAGCGCAGUAAAUAUUCCCAGGUUAUUAUUUAUUAACUCCGUGGAAGUUCUCCAUUUGUUUUAGAGGUACGAUAAUGAAAUCAACUUGAAAUAAUUCUCGCAUUCCCAUCACCUUUGCACCUCGUUCGCACGAUGAGUGCAGAUAAGGGAAAAACAAUUAUUACUGAUUGCUCUAAUAGUGCGUGCAACUUGGAUAACAAUUAAAAAUUUUAUAUUUAUGUAUAUUAGAUAUAAAGCCAUUUGUAUAUGAUGAAAAGACGAUACAUAUUGUUCCGUAAAAAUUGUAUAAAUUAAUGGAAAUUAAUUAAUAGCAGAGAUGACGCAGAAGAGUGAUUUAUUGUUUCGAUUCUGCAAUAAGAUGCAAUAAAGUGCGAGGUGCCUUCGAAUUUUAAUCUUACUGUACGUUGUAAACCCACGCUUUUUAUUACGCAUAGGCUGUCGCCUAAUUUACGAGUUCAUUAAUACAUGUCCGGGCUAACGUAAUUGACCUUGCUGUUAAACUGCUAAUCCGGCGUCAUCCGCUAAAAUUACCCACGCGUGCAUGGAGUCGUCGCGUUCGUGCAUUAUGCGUGUGCAAUGUAUAUUUAUUAUAUUUUAUACAAUACACGUGUGCAAAAAUGACGAUCACGGAUUGGCAGAAAAUUUUACCGAACUGUAACAUAUGCGCGUGUGCACGUCAACUUGUGUACAAAAUCAUUCACUUGUUUGCAAAUCGAGGACAAAUUUGUCAGUUUUACGAUAGGCAGCCUCAUAAAAUGUCAAACUGGUUCUUCUACUGUGUUAGAAAUAUUUGCGCAUCAGUGCAACAGUGUAUAACACAGUGAUACAUAGCAGCAGUAAUCGUGUCAAAAAAUGGAAACUCCGUUAAUUUUAACAAUUCAAAUAAAGAUUCAUUCGUCAGCGUUUUGUACUAGCUAAUGUAAAAACAUAAAGUGUAAGAUUUAUUAAAUCGAAAUUGACGAUUAAAUUAUUUUUAUAUAUAU